AUGUUUCCCGCCGCGCUCAUGUUCAUGCCUGCCUUUCCCUACGACGGCCCUCACUUACACUACCUGCGUUCUCCACAGGGCAAGGUUGCCGAAUUGCGCCUCGAGCUGCAGAGCGGCGGCAAGAAGGACAAGAACCAUUCGGCCAAGAAGAUUGCACUGAAGAAGAUUGUCGCCAACAUGACCAUGAGCAACAACGACAUGGUCGCUCUUUUCCCGGAUAUCGUCAACUGCAUGAACAUCCCAAGCCUCGAGAUCAAGAAGAUGUGCUUCUUGUACCUGGUCAACUAUGCGCGCAUCAAGCCUGAGGUUGCAUUGAAGGCAUUGCCCAUCAUCGUCAAUGAUAUGGAAGACAGCAAUCCUCUUGUACGCGCGCUAGCUUUGCGGACCAUUUCCUAUCUCCACGUCCGGGAAUUCGUCGAGGCUACGUUGAACCCGCUGAAGCAACUGCUCAAGGACGGUGAUCCAUACGUGCGGAAGACGGCUGCUUUUUGCGUUGCCAAACUUUACGACCACGACAAACAUCUCGUCGAGCAUUCAGACCUGAUCGACAGGCUGAAUGGCAUGUUGAGAGACGAAAACCCUACUGUCAUUUCCAGCGCGCUGGCGUCUCUCAUGGAUAUCUGGGAACGAAGCGAGAGCAUAAAGCUCACAAUCGACUAUGCCAGCGCCUCCAAGAUUGUGCAGAUUCUGCCCGACUGCUCCGAAUGGGGCCAAACCUACAUUCUUGAAGCAAUGAUGAAUUACGUUCCAAUGGACACCGCGGAAGCCGCACUCCUGGCCGAAAGAAUUGCGCCAAGAUUAUCGCACUCAAACUCCGCUGUUGUUCUCACAUGCAUAAGAGUCAUCCUCUAUCUGAUGAACUACAUAUCCGAUCAGAGGGUCAUCACUUCUCUCUGUAAUAAGCUUUCGCCGCCCCUCGUUACUCUUCUCUCCAAGGGGCCGGAAAUCCAAUACCUUGCCCUCCGUAACGCACUUCUUAUCUUGCAGCGCCGUCCUGAGGUCCUCCGCAACGACAUCCGCGUGUUCUUCUGCAAAUAUAAUGAUCCGAUUUACGUCAAGGUGACAAAGCUGGAACUAAUCUUCAUGCUUGCCACGGAGCGCAACAUCAAGGAAGUGUUGACCGAGUUGAGGGAGUACGCCACUGAAAUCGAUGUCGACUUCGUGCGCAAGUCUGUGCGAGCAAUCGGAAAACUGGCUAUCAAGAUCGAGCCUGCAGCAAGGCUGUGCAUUAAUACGCUGUUGGAGCUGGUUGCAACAAAGGUGUCCUACAUCGUCCAGGAAGCUACCGUCGUUAUUAGAAACAUCUUCCGGAAAUACCCCAACCAAUAUGAAUCCAUCAUCUCGACAUUGUGCGAGAACCUAGAUUCUCUGGACGAGCCCGAAGCCAAGGCAGCCAUGAUCUGGGUCAUCGGGCAGUACGCGGAUCGCAUCGACAACUCGGACGUCCUGCUCGACGAUUUCCUCUACACGUUCGCCGAGGAACCUCACGAAGUGCAGUUAGCAUUGCUCACUGCCACCGUAAAGCUAUUCAUCCAACGUCCCACCAAGGGGCAAGAGCUCGUACCCAAGGUCCUGCGCUGGGCUACAGAAGAGACCGAUAACCCAGAUCUUCGCGACCGUGGCUAUAUGUACUGGCGGCUGCUCUCGUCCGACCCGGCUACAGCCAGGAAGGUUGUCAUGGGCGACAAACCUCCCAUCACGGCCGAAUCGGAGAAACUCGAUCCGGCAACACUGGAGGAAAUGUGUCUGAACGUGGGCACGCUCGCCACCGUCUACCUCAAGCCUGUCAAUCAAGUCUUCCGCUCCGCCCGCCCGAGAAAAUUGCAGGACUCCCCCGCUCUGCAGCGCCACACGCUGCCUACCGUUCAAGCAGCCGCUGAUGCCGCCAAGGUACGCAGCCAGACUGUGCCUACCGCAAUCGACACUGCCGCCGCCGCUGCAAUGGAAGCGAAUGGCAACAUGGCGAGCGCAGUCGACGCUGCAGAUCUAUACUUCGCAGGCGUAGGCAGCCAGCAGAUGGGCGCCCUGAGCAUCGCAAACGGCAGCGGUUUUGGCGGAAACAGCCCCGUCGCCGGUUCCCAGAGCAACAUGUACGUCGUCAACCAGAACCAACCGCAGCAGGUGUAUCAGCCAGCUGUCGGGUCUGGCAAUGGCGAUUUAUUGCUCCUAUAG